AUGAGCUCCUCAGUAGAGCCCGUGACUGGCGACGUGUCGGGCCUGCUAUUGAUUACAGACACGCUGCAGACUCCCGGAUCAGGCGUGUUGGGAUAUUUAUUGACGAGGGCCAUUCGACAGGGAGAGUGUGUUUGUCUCGUAUCAAUCGGUCCGUCAAGACCUUAUUAUUUAGGACUAACUAGACGACUGGGAUUGAAUCUAGCAAAUUUGGAGCUGGCUGGACAUGUAAGAUUCAUUGACUACCUGCCAUUACUCGAAUCAGCCAAACGCGAGCCAAGUAAGGCCAGCAACGGAUGGUUACUGCCAACAGUACCCAUGGAACAAUGUAAACAUCCUAAACAAUGGAUUUUGUUUGAGGAUUUGACUGCUUUAUUGUAUUGGGGAGUGUCUGUCAAAGAAGUUAUGAGACUCGUGGUGCAUUCCCUUUCCUUGGUCUCAGAGUCACAUGGAUGUGUGGCUGGUACAAUACAUAAUGACGAUGUAGGAGAUGUCGAAGCUCAGACUCUCAUCAAACUGCUUUCGCCAAUGUCACAAACCAAAUAUCAAAUACGAAUGUUGAGUAGUGGUGCUACUCAAGGUAUUGAUGGCCAGUUGGAUGUUAUGUCUGGACCAAGGAGUCGAGAACGACCUACAAUACGAGAAUUGUUUUACAAGUUGAACGAUUCAGGCCCUACAUUCUUUCCACGUGGACUGUCUCAUGGUGUUAUAUAG